AUGAAUGCUCUUCUUCAAGAUUUAAUGAAAUUAUUUCUGAUUGAGCAAGUACCUUCAUUUGAUCCAUAUGCCCAUCCUUUGAAAUAUCUUUGGAAUAAAAAGUGGUUAGAUGAAGAAGAAUGUUUUCACUCUAAGAUUAAGAAAAAAAAUUCCCACGGUAUUGCGACAAAAGUAUUUUUCCUGAAACCUCGUUACGUUGAUCAAUGGUUGUUGACUCUGUUUAAUGAAUUAUUAUUAGUUAAAGCCAAAUCAAUUUCGAUUCGUCAACAUCAUUCAGCAUGUGCUUGGGAAAAGAAAGAAACAUCAUCAUCUCAGUAA